UGAGUUCUCAGGAAACGCUGGGUCACAGGAAGAACUCGAUGUGUGUGCCGCGGGCUUUGGGCCAGCUAUUCAUCCUGCUGCAGUACCAGACGCUGGCCCAGCGCAUAAAGGUGAUGGUCCGAAAGGCUGAGAAUCUGGCCAAGCUCACACGGAUCCCAGGAGCUCCAGACCACUAUGUUGUCAUCAACCUGCGUCAGGAUGGGAAAAUAAUAGGUACCAAGGAGACCAAAGGGGCCAGCGGUCCAAAUCCAGUCUGGAAUGCUCCCUUCCUGUUUGACGUGCCCUCUGGUGACAUCAUUCAACUACCACUGGUGCUGGAGUUUAUUGUCAUGCAGGGCCGCCUCUACACCAAGAGCAGUAUUCUGGGUCGGGUGUUGAUUGGCAACAACGUCUCAGAGGCGGGACAGGGACACUGGAAGGAAAUGUGCAGUCGGGGGCAAAUAGAGACGGCUCGCUGGCACACCAUCCAAUCAGAUUUGCUGUAGGACUGAUUGACAAACUGUGGGACUGUCCCUCUGCCACCCAGUGAGAGAAACGCAUAGAGGUGACGUUAGGUGGGAAUAACAUGCAACUGGGGUUCACACACUUUGAAGUAUUUCUUUAUGGUCUUAUUUUUAUUCUGUUGCAGAUAUUGGUAGCUGUGAUAACUUUAACAACAUAUGUUCAUGAAUCAAAUAAGUUUAAGUGUUCAUGCUGUUUUAGGGAGAGACAAAUCAAAUAUCCAGAUGGUCCAUGAGUAUCUACAGAGCUUCAGAAGAAGAGACACUGAUCACUGCGUGGAGGAGGGAUGUGCAGCAGCUUUCUCCAUAUCAACAGUAUUCUGCAUCCCGACAUUGCCUUUGUGAUUAUUUCCACUGUGACUUCUUAUAUCUGUAUACCUGUAUCAUAUUGGUUGUAUGCAACCUGUGCUGGUGUUGUGGUGGUGUUUGUAUUGUGCCCAGAGGCUACAAAUGUUAGUGUGGAAAGUUACAGAGCAUAUUCGGUAUGUUACCACUCUGCUUGUGGUUUGCUGUGGUGUGUUACUAUGCCAGUAUUUGUCCACGUACAGUACUGUAAACACCUUAGGAACAUGUACCAGUGACAUGCCUGCUGAGUUAUAGUUUUUUUUUUGUUGUUGUUUUUUUUAGGACUGGUAAAUUUUGGUCUCUUUUCAUACAUAGGAAGCUACAAUAACAUGUGGGUUCACAGAUACCACAGCUCAGUUCUGGAUAUAUACUUAGAUGGUUUUAACAGUUCUAUAAUAGCUACAACUUUAUUCAACAAUAAUGCAAAACAGAUGAUUGUGACCAAGCAGCAGCAUUACCAAAUAACAUUACUGACUGUCAUACACUUUGCAUACACUGUUGCUCCUUUGCUAUUGGAUUUUAUUAUUAAACACAAUCUGCAGCAGUGUGUCAAUUUUUGUCUUAUGAUUCCUCACAUUACAAGAGAAGCCUCAGUGAAGAAUAACACUAAACAUGAUUGCAUGAUGA